AUGGCUUCUGACCAUGCACGUGAGAUAAUAUCGACAAGCAAUCUAUCACCGAAUAAACAUUUGCUUCUAAGGCACUUUAUCGAAGGGGCAGUCAAUUCGGAUUCAGCAGUAAACUAUCUGACCUCGAUAUUGAAUCUUAAUCAGGAUGUCGAGCCUCAGCUUAUUCGAUUCUUACUGGACUGGAGAAAGCUGGCCGAGAGGUUAAUAACAUUUGAUUCGGUACCUAGGCGGUUUGAAGAUAUGCUCCAUGAGAGAGAUGGUCCCCGCUGUUCCUUGACCAAUAUGCGACAUAAAGAUUCGACUGUACCUAUGGAAUCGGCGCACGUGAUCCCUUCAACCAUGCUUGACGGAAUUGAAUUGGCUAACGAGGUGGGUUACGAUUACUGUACUCAUUACCAAAAGAAUCAGGUGUUAUUACUAGCAAGCGUCAGGGACGUCUUCUACGAAUCUUAG